AUGUCUACCGUUGAAUUAGAUAGCGUCAUUGUGCCUGAUAGUGGCGAAACAUCCGUUGUGGCCUGUGAUCUGACUGCAUACGCAAAACUUAGCAUUGUCCUCACUUCCACGGGCUACCUCGGCUUCUUGGGUACCGGGUUUGGGUAUUUGCGGGGCUGUGCGAUUGCAGAUCCUAGUCGCAAAGUUAUCAGUAUCCAAGGAGAUGCGUCAGUCGGGUUGCACCUGAUGGAGCUGGACGCCUACACCGGAUUCAACUUGGAUAUCAUAACCGUGGUAGUUAACGACGCAAGUGGGGGUAUGAGUUCUAACGGCCAGGGUGUUGUCCGUGGACCUAAGAAUCCGAUUCGGCCGAUCAGUGCUCUCGGUUCAGCGACUAAAUAUGACGUGGUGGCUAGAGGCUUAGAUGAUAUCCGGGGUGCGGUCGCUAAGCUCCUGGCUCAGUCUGGGCCAAGUUGUAUCAACUUGAUUGUUGAUCAGAAGCCUAUUCAUCCUCCGCCUACUGCUAUGGUUGGACUGACUGAGGACUCUGAUUCGGUGGUGGUGCCUUACUACGAUAACAUCCCGCCAGCGUACUACAAGCUAUAG